AUGGCCGCAGUUGAGGUUGAAUCAGUUCCUGCAGCAAUAGUAGAAAAUGUUAAAACCGAGAAGGUAAUCUCCACCCCUGAGGCUCCAAAAGAAGAGGUGGUGACAGUCACGGAGGAAGUAAAAGAAGGGGCUAAAGAUGCUGCACCAGAAGAGAACGCAGUAGAACCUGAUCCUGAAGCUGAGAAAGCUGUUGAAGCUCAGAAAGAGACAGUAGUUCCAGUAGAAGAGUCCGUUGAGGAGGCUGCAGUGGUUGCACCAGAAGAACCUGCUGCCGUGGUUGCACCAGAAGAGCCUGCUGCAGUGGUUGCAAAAGAAGAGCCUGUAGCAGAGAAAGCCGAAAAAGAAGAAGUUGAAGAGGUGAAGAAAGAGGCUGCAGUUGAGGAGACUAAAGAAGAAGAAUUUAAAGAGGUGAAGAAAGAGGCUGAAGUUGAGGAGGCUAAAGAAGAAACCCCUGGAGUGGUGGAGGCGGCUGCCAUAGAAGUUGCAGUUGAUAAGACUGAGGAGUGA